AUGAGCUCUUUUAAGAGAGACAAAAAGGAGGAAGAAGAUGGAGUUGGAAAUAUAUUUCAAAACAUCGAAAAAACGACUGUUUUGCAAGAAGCUCGAGUGUUUAACGAAACAUCCGUCAAUCCAAGAAAAUGCACCCUAAUUCUCACCAAAUUGCUUUACCUACUAAACCAGGGUGAAGCUUUAAACGUGAAAGAAGCCACAGAUGUUUUCUUCGCGAUGACCAAACUGUUCCAAUCGAAAGACGUAGUCCUUCGAAGAAUGGUGUAUCUAGGAAUCAAAGAACUCAGCUCGACCGCAGAUGAUGUAAUCAUAGUUACUUCGAGCCUCACCAAAGAUAUGACGGGCAAAGAAGACAUUUACAGAGCAGCUGCUAUACGUGCCUUGUGCAGCAUCACCGAUGCUACCAUGCUGCAAGCCAUCGAACGAUACAUGAAGCAGGCAAUCGUCGAUAGAAAUUCCGCUGUCAGUUCAGCUGCCUUGGUCAGUUCUUUGCACAUGACCAAAAUGGCUCCUGAGGUGGUUAAAAGAUGGGUGAACGAAGCACAGGAAGCUAUUAACAGCGAUAAUGUGAUGGUGCAAUAUCAUGCCUUGGGGCUCCUGUAUCACAUCAGAAAAUCAGAUAGGUUGGCUGUUACGAAACUAAUAGCUAAACUAACUAGAACUACCUUAAAAUCUCCAUAUGCUGUUUGUAUGCUUAUCAGAAUAAUAGCUAAGCUCCUCGAAGAAGAAGAUUCCGGCAACGAUUUUCCCUACUUCGAUUUCAUCGAAUCUUGUUUGAGGCACAAAUCUGAGAUGGUUGUUUACGAGGCAGCCCACGCGAUCGUCAAUCUCAAACGUACCACUAGCAAGGAACUGGCGCCGGCUGUGAGUGUAUUACAAUUGUUCUGCGGUUCACCGAAGGCCACUUUGAGAUUCGCCGCCGUUAGAACUCUAAACCAAGUGGCCAUUUCCCAUCCGGCCGCCGUCACGGCUUGUAAUUUAGAUUUGGAGAAUUUGAUUACCGAUUCCAAUCGAUCGAUCGCCACGCUUGCUAUCACUACUUUAUUAAAAACUGGUGCUGAAUCGUCAGUUGAUCGUCUUAUGAAACAAAUAGCUAGUUUCGUAUCUGAAAUCAGCGAUGAAUUCAAAGUCGUGGUAGUCCAAGCGAUCAGAGCGCUGGCUCUUAAAUUCCCUCGAAAGCACAACACUCUCAUGAACUUUUUAUCGGCCAUGCUAAGAGAUGAAGGCGGUUUGGAAUACAAAGCUUCCAUUGCGGACACCAUAAUCACCAUUAUCGAGGAUAAUCCUGAAGCUAAAGAAUCGGGUUUGGCUCAUCUGUGCGAGUUUAUUGAAGAUUGCGAACACGUUUCUUUAGCUGUUAGAAUAUUGCAUCUGCUUGGUAGAGAAGGACCGAAAACCAAACAACCUUCCAGAUAUAUCCGUUUCAUUUACAACCGCGUCAUCUUAGAGUGCCCUUCUAUAAGAGCAGCCGCUGUUUCUGCCAUGGCCCAAUUCGGAGCCUCGUGUCCCGAUUUGUUAGAAAAUAUUCAAGUAUUACUAGCCAGAUGCCAAAUGGACUCUGACGAUGAAGUCAGAGACAGAGCCACUUAUUACAGCAGCAUACUUAGCAAAAACGAUAAAAACUUGUACAACAACUUUAUCCUUGAUACUUUACAGGUAUCUAUACCAGGGUUAGAACGCUCGUUGAAGGAGUACACGCAGAACUCUACGAAUCAACCGUUCGAUAUAAAAUCAGUGCCGCUGCAAGUGGGCCCGUCUCCGGACGAGCGCGAGAAGAAGCACAAAUCCGAAGGCAUGCUGACGUCGCAGGGGCCCCUGCGACCGCCGCCCGUCUCGCGCGAGGAGAACUUCGCGGAGAAACUGUCGGCCAUACCGGGCAUCCAGCAGCUCGGUCCGAUCUUCAAGAGCUCCGACGUGGUGGAGCUGACCGAAUCCGAGACGGAGUACUUCGUGCGGUGCAUCAAGCACUGCUUCGCCCAUCACGUGGUGUUGCAGUUCGACUGCCUGAACACGCUGCCCGAUCAAUUGCUGGAGGACGUGCGCGUGGAGCUGGAGCCGAGCGAAGGGUUCGAAUUGCUGUCGGUGAUACCGUGCAAGCAGCUGCAUUACAACGAGACCAAUCACACCUACGCCAUUUUGAAGUUCCCCGACGACGAUUUGCCGAGUUGCGUCGGUACGUUCGGGGCGGUGUUGAAGUUUAUCGUUAAAGAUUGCGAUCCUACGACUGGCAUUCCCGAUAGCGAAGAAGGAUAUAAUGAUGAAUACAUACUCGAAGAUUUGGAAAUAACGUUGGGCGAUCAAAUACAGAGAGUGAGCAAAGUUAAUUGGGGCGCUGCAUGGGAAACGGCUGCUGAGAGUUCCGUAGAAAAGGAGGAUACAUAUUCUCUAAGUUCAAUGAAUACGUUGGACGAAGCUGUGAAAAAUAUCGUGCAGUUCCUUGGAUUGCAACCGGCCGAAAGAACUGAUAAAGUCCCUGAAGGCAAGAGCACCCACACCCUUUUAUUAUCAGGAGUCUUUAGAGGUGGUAUCGAUAUUUUGGUAAGAGCUAAACUUGCUUUGGCGGAUGGUGUUACAAUGCAAUUGACUGUAAGAUCACCCGAUGACAGCAUAGCCGAACUUAUUACCUCUUCUGUAGGUUAA